GCGGAGCUUGGUCCUAGAGGCUGAGCAAAGUUCCAGCCGGCACAUUUCGCGGACCUGACGCGGGCGCGAUGUGGCUUACGCUGGGGCUGCUGUUGGCGGUGCUGCUGCUGGCGGUCCUCGGAAAAGUUUGCCUGGGGCUAUUCGGUGGCAGCUCCCCGAACCCCUUCUCCGAGGAUGUCAAGCGGCCACCAGCGCCCCUGGUGACUGACAAGGAGGCCAGGAAAAAGAUUCUCAAACGAGCUUUCUCAGUCAGCCAAGUGCCAGAGAAGCUAGAUGUGGUGGUGAUUGGCAGUGGCAUUGGGGGCCUGGCCGCAGCUGCAAUUUUGGCUAAAGCUGGCAAGCGAGUCCUGGUACUGGAACAACAUACCAAGGCAGGGGGCUGUUGUCAUACCUUUGGAAAGAAUGGCCUUGAAUUUGACACAGGAAUCCAUUAUAUUGGGCGCAUGCAAGAGGGUAGCAUUGGCCGUUUCAUCUUAGACCAGAUCACUGAAGGGCAGCUGGACUGGGCUACCCUGUCCUCUCCUUUUGACAUCAUGGUACUAGAAGGGCCUGAUGGCCGAAAGGAGUUCCCCAUGUACAGUGGAGAGAAGGCUUACAUUCAGGGCCUCAAGGAGAAGUUUCCACAGGAAGAAGCUGCCAUUGACAAGUAUAUGAAGCUGGUUAAGGUGGUAUCUGAGGGAAUCUCCUAUGCCAUCCUGCUUAAGUUCCUCCCAUUGCCUGUUGCUCGGCUCCUGAUCAGGUGUGGGCUGCUGACUUGGUUCUCUCCGUUCCUUCGUGCAUCUACCCAGAGCCUGGCUGAGGUCCUGCAGCAGCUGGGAGCCUCCCCUGAGCUCCAGGCAGUGCUCAGCUACAUCUUCCCCACUUACGGUGUGACCCCCAGCCACACCACCUUUUCCAUGCACGCUAUGGUGGUUCACCACUACUUAAAAGGGGCCUUUUAUCCUCGAGGGGGUUCCAGUGAAAUUGCCUUCCACACCAUCCCUGUGAUUCAGCAGGCUGGGGGUGCUGUCCUGAUGAAGGCCACUGUGCAGAGCGUGUUGCUGGACUCAACUGGAAAAGCCUGUGGUGUCAGUGUAAAGAAUGGCCAUGAGCUGGUGAACAUCUACUGCCCCAUUGUGGUCUCAAAUGCAGGACUGUUCAACACCUAUGAGCACUUACUGCCGGAGAAUGCCCACUGUCUGCCAGGUGUGCAGCAGCAGCUGAAGAUGGUGCGGCCCAGCUUGAGCAUGUUCUCUGUUUUCAUCUGCCUACGAGGCACCAAGGAGGACCUGGGUCUGUCAUCCACUAACUACUACGUUUACUAUGACACGGAUUUGGACAAAGCGAUGGAGCACUACAUCUCUAUACCCAGGGAGAAGGCUACAGAACACAUCCCCUUUUUCUUCAUUGCUUCCCCAUCAGCCAAGGACCCAACUUGGGAGGACCGAUUCCCAGACAGGUCCACGAUGAUUGUGCUGGUGCCCAGUUCCUAUGAAUGGGUUGAAGAGUGGCAAGCAGAGCCACAGGGAAAGCGGGGUGGUGACUACGAGACCCUCAAAAACUUCUUUGUGGAAGCCUCUAUGUUGGUGGUCAUGAAACUGUUCCCGCAGCUGGAGGGGAAGGUGGAGAGUAUGACUGGAGGAUCCCCACUGACCAACCAGUUCUAUCUGGAAGCUCCCCGAGGGGCCUGCUACGGGGCUGACCAUGACAUGCACCGCCUGCAUCCUUGUGCAGUGGCCUCCAUGAGGGCCCAAAGCCCCAUCCCCAACCUUUACCUGACAGGCCAGGAUAUCUUCACCUGUGGGCUGAUGGGGGCCCUGCAAGGUGCCUUGCUGUGCAGUAGUGCUAUCCUGAAGCGGAACUUGUACUCGGACCUUAAGGAUCUUGCCUCUAGGAUCCAGGCACAGAAGAAGAAAAAUUAGUUUGGUCUGGGAUGAGUCAGAGGAAUUUGGCCAAUGGCUAGAGCAGCUCCUCUGACUUACCCAUAAUGUGUUUCUAUAGUAGUACCUUGUACAGAUAAAGCACUCUAAUUAGGUUCUGAUUUCUGAAUAGAUGCCUAGCAUAAAUCAUAGCUGUGAAACAGAAUUUCAUCCAACUGGGGCAGAUAAUGAUCUCUGCACCUUCUAUGGCAUGAUAUCACUACUGAAGGGCUUGGUCUGAGCUACUGAUUUGCCUAGCCUAGACGUCCAAGUGCAGUGCUCUGCACCGUUCACUCAUACGUCUUAUUUCUCCACAAUGAAACUGAAUAUUCUACUGUUAGGGUGAUGGAACCCCUGACAUUGCUGGUCAUCUCAAGCAGGUGGGUCCAGGUCUGCCCUGAGGCUUUUCCUGUCAUUCACUUAGGAGCUGCGCUGCAGAAGUUCAGGGGUCCUCAAACUGCGGCCCGCGGGCCACAUGAGGCAGUGUGAUUGUAUUUGUUCCUGUUUUGUUUUUUUACUUCAAAGUAACUUCAAAGUAAGAUUAUGUGCAGUAUGCAUAGGAAUUUGGUCAUUGUUUUUUUUUAAACUAUAGUCCGGCCCUCCAACGGUCUGAGGGACAGUGAAUCGGCCCCCUGUUUAAAAAGUCUGAGGACACUGUUGAGGGGAGAGGGUGAGCAAGGAGGUUUUAGUCAAAACCUGGGGCAUGGGUAUAGUUACAGUUCUACAGGUUCAAAGGGUUCCAGUGACUCUUCAAAAGACAGGAACUACCUGUGACAGAUUCAGUGUGAUUCUGGAGGUUGGGGUAACUCUAUGACCCAUUAGUUAAUAAGGUUAUGUGUUAAAAGAGCAUAUCUAACUCAUAUUAAAGCCUAGGUCUGUCUCCCUUGCAAUCUGGUUCUCAAUGUGCCAGCACCAGGGCACCCUCAAGGAGCUCAGUACCUUGAGCCCAGCUUCAAGCCUUAUCCUCUGAGAGGAUAUUGGGAUCAGUGAUACUAGAGCACUGACCAGGAAGAAGAUGACUUCACUGGUUUAAAGCAGGCUGAAGGGGCAUUCCAGGCAUGGGCACAGCCAAGGACAGCACUGGGAGGCAGUAAGAAUGUACCCCAAACAGUGGUUUUGCACUGAGUAUAAAACAGGCUGCCGGGCAGGGGAGCAGAGUGCAGAGGUGGAAACUCAGUUUGGCUCAGAACAUGGAAAGCUAUACAAUGUGUACAAACCCAGAAUGGCAUAUGCUACAUCUGUGAGGGUUGGAUGUGAUAGUGAAUGAAGGCUCAAAUCCAUGGAAAUCACCUUUGACUUGUGUUAAACACCAAGGUCUUAUUUUAGUCCAUGUUCAUAUUAAUAAAUUUAAUGAUUUCAUUGCCUUAA